GGUGGGAGGGGGGAAGGAGAGGAGACCUGGCCAGAUUCCCCACCAGCAGAGACCCUCCCUCUGGACAGGCCCUUCCUCUCCGUGUGACAGUCUCUCCGGUCCAGCCACGGUGCUGGGAGGGGACAGCGUGAAGAGGGUCUCUAGGGAGCACUGUGUGUAGCCACGGGGAUCCGGGAUGAGGAAGUUGCAGGCCGACCACCUCCGGGAGCCGGUCACUCCAGACCUGCUGAUGACCCCCAGCGACCAGGGUGAUGGGGACCUGGAGAUGGACUACUCCGCCGACCGGGGAAACUGGACAGGGAAGCUGGACUUCCUGCUCUCCUGCAUUGGCUACUGUGUGGGGCUAGGCAACGUCUGGAGGUUUCCUUAUCGGGCUUACACCAACGGGGGAGGUGCCUUCCUCGUGCCCUACUUCAUCAUGCUGGCCAUCUGUGGGAUCCCUAUCUUCUUCAUGGAACUGUCUCUGGGCCAGUUCUCCAGCCUGGGACCCCUGGCUGUCUGGAAGAUCAGUCCGCUCUUCAAAGGGGUUGGAGCUGGCAUGCUGCUAAUCGUGUCGCUGGUGGCCAUUUAUUACAACAUGAUCAUCGCCUACGUCCUCUUCUACCUCUUCGCCUCCCUGACCAGCGACCUGCCCUGGCAGCAUUGCGGCAACUGGUGGAACACGGAGCUCUGCCUGGACCACCAUGCCAUGCGGGAGGCCAACGUGGCCCUGCCGCUCAACCUGAGCGGCACCGUCAGCCCCAGCGAGGAGUACUGGAGCCGUUACGUCCUUCACAUCCAAGGCAGCGCAGGGAUCGGAGACCCCGGCGGGAUCCGCUGGAACCUGUGCCUCUGUCUCCUGCUCUCUUGGGUCAUCGUGUUCCUCUGCAUCCUCAAGGGGGUCAAGUCGUCCGGCAAGGUGGUGUACUUCACGGCCACCUUCCCCUAUGUCAUCCUCCUGAUGCUGUUGGUCCGCGGUGUGACGCUGCAGGGGGCCUGGAAGGGCAUCCGGUUCUACCUCACACCCCAGUUUGAGCACCUGCUGUCUUCCAAGGUGUGGAUUGAGGCAGCUCUGCAGAUCUUCUAUUCCCUGGGAGUGGGCUUUGGAGGGCUCCUCACUUUUGCCUCCUACAACACCUUUCACCAGAACAUCUACAGAGACACAUUCAUCGUCACCUUGGGCAAUGCCAUCACCAGCAUCCUGGCUGGCUUCGCCAUCUUCUCCGUGCUGGGCUACAUGUCCCAGGAGCUGGGCGUCCCUGUCAACCAAGUGGCCAAAGCAGGGCCCGGCCUGGCAUUCGUGGUGUACCCCCAGGCCAUGACGAUGCUUCCCCUCUCUCCAUUCUGGUCCUUCCUCUUCUUCUUCAUGCUGCUGACGCUGGGCCUGGACAGCCAGUUCGCCUUCAUGGAGACCAUUGUGACGGCUGUGACGGACGAGUUUCCUUACUACCUGCGCCCCAAGAAGGCCUUCUUUUCGGGGGUCCUCUGUGUGGCUAUGUUCCUCAUGGGACUCAUCCUCACCACUGAUGGGGGAAUGUACUGGCUGGUUCUACUGGAUGAUUACAGUGCCGGCUUUGGUCUCAUGGUGGUGGUCAUCACUUCCUGCCUCGUAGUCACCCGUGUGUACGGCAUACAGAGGUUCUGCCGGGACAUCCACAUGAUGCUGGGCUUCAAACCAGGCUUCUACUUCAAGGCCUGCUGGGCCUGCCUGUCUCCGGUGACGAUGAUGGCCCUGCUGGUGUACAGCAUCGUCAAGUACCAGCCCUCCGAGUACGGGAACUACCACUUCCCCUUCUGGGCCGAGCUGCUGGGCAUCCUGAUGGGGCUCCUCUCCUGCCUCAUGAUCCCCGCCGGGAUGGUGGUCGCCGUCCUCAGGGAAGAGGGGCCUCUGUGGGAGAGGAUCCGGCAGGCCAGCCGUCCCGCUAUGGAUUGGGGUCCGUCCCUGGAGGAGAACCGGACUGGCAUGUACGUGGCCACCCUGGCCGGGAGCCAGUCUCCCAGACCGCUGAUGGUCCACAUGAGGAAGUACGGGGGAAUCACCAGCUAUGAGAACACAGCCAUCGAGGUGGACAAGGAGAUGGAGGAAGAGGAGGAGUCAAUGAUCCGGAAGUCCCAGAGAGGAGCCGGAGAGGAGACCACUGAUUUCUUCAGCGAGGGGCAGAGGGCAUCUGUCUGAGAGGGUAAGAAGAGGGGUCAGUGAGGGGGUCAGGCAUGGGAAGCUUUGCACAUGCUCUCUCCUGGGUGUCCUGGUCCUAAGCCCAGGGAAAACCCUGAUUCACCUCAAGGUCAGGGGUGGGAGGCCACAGAGCAAGGGAGUGCUGUGGGUGAGGUCCCAUCUGCUCAUGCCCCUCUGCCCGAUUUCUCCGGGGACCCUCUGUGUUGGUGGUGCCCACCCAAAUGUAUAUCUUAGUCCAGAGAGGGUUUUAUCUCCCAAAAGCCAGAGCAGGGCCCCAGUGGCAGUCUGGGGGUAGCUUGAAACUGCCAGUUGCUCAAGAAACGUUGCCGGGGGUUGGGGUCCAUAGGGGAGACACCUCCUGUGGCUCUCCUAGGCAAGAUGACCCUGGAGGAAUCUCGAGCCUGGGCCAACGCCCAUGUACCCGAGCCCAUGGCUGAGCAAUUCUCUUCCACCUUCCUCCCUGGCAGGGCCUGUGGCCUUGGACUCUGGUGCCAGAGUGGCGAGGGUUGGAGUGGGCAAGGGAUGGGGUGAGAGCGAAGGGAGAGUGUAAAAGGGGAGGGAAUCCACUCUCACAAUUCCAUCAGCUCAUCUUGCUGCGGGGAACUCCCUCUCUUGACCCUCCAGCUAGAAGAAGCUGGAGCAACCCUGUUCCACGCCAGGGGUGAGGCUCAGCCAGCGGCAGUGAAUCUCCUCAGCCCUACGUGUGCACGUGUGUGGAUGUGUGCGUGUGCGCGUGUGAACAUUGGGUGUAGUGCGUGUGUAUAUGUGUGUGUCAGGUGGCUUGUCUCCUAAAAAGGUGUUGUGUAGAGGGUGCAGGGCACCCUUUUUUAAGGUGCAGUUGUGCAGCCUGAAUGCGGGCCUCAGCGUGGCCCCCUCCCCGGCCCCUGGCCCUGAUGUGCUCUCAGCUGUUUUUGUGCUGUCAGUGGUUCAACGUUAUUAAACCCUCUGUGAGAAGUCUUCUGA